AUGACGGUCUUUAGAUUUUAUAAUAGUCUUUAUUUAACCAAGAACCUAACCAAUCGAAUUAAUAAAUCAUCUUUAUCUCAUCUAACUUGGUUUCCUAGCAAAAUUCUUUUCGACACAGCUUGUAUAUAUCAAAAGAUUUCAUAUACUUCAUUUCCUUCUUCCAAAUCUCAAAAAUCUAAGAAAUAUUUAGUAUUUGAUAAUAAAACAUCCUUUAAGGAUUUUCUACAAAUAACUUCAGCAACAAAAACACAGAAUCAUGAUUUAUAUAAAAAAAAAGAUAGUAAUGAACUAAUAGGAAUAGCGGACCAAAUUCCCUAUUUGAAAAAUGAUAUCAAAACAUUAGGAAUAAAUACAAAAUAUUUUAUAGAAGUUUAUGGAUGUCAAAUGAACGUUAAUGAUACUGAAAUUUUAAUGUCAAUAAUGAAUUCUUCCGGAUAUCAAAAAACUAGUCGUUUAGAAGAUGCUGAUAUUGUAUUUUUGGUUACGUGUGCUAUUAGGGAUAAAGCCGAAAAUAAAAUUUGGCAUCGGUUAAAUGUAUUAAAAAGUAUGAAAAAAGAUCAAAAACCGUUAAUCGGUGUAUUGGGUGUAAAACGUUUAAAAACAAAAUUACUCGAUGCUGAUAAAACGGUUGACAUUGUUUGUGGUCCUGAUGCAUAUCGCUCAAUUCCUCAUUUGUUAUCAUUAGCUGUUCAAACUUCUCAGGGUAUUGCUAAUGUUAUGUUAUCAGCAGAUGAAACUUAUGCUGAUAUAAUGCCGGUUAGGUUGCAUCAAGACAAUGUUAGUGCCUCAUUAAGUAUUGAAAGAAGUCGUCCCUUGUAUCCAUCUAUUGUUGAAGAGGUCAAAACUCUAAGUGAUCGAGGAGUUAAAGAAGUUGUUCUCCUUGGACAAAAUGUUAAUUCAUAUAGAGAUACAAGUGAAUAUGACUUUUAUAAAUCACUUGGUCUUGGUAACCAACUUAGUAACGAUGGAUUUAAAACUAUCUAUCGUCGAAAAGAGGGUGGUAUAAGAUUUACUGAAUUGCUUGAUCAUGUAUCCAAAAUUGAUCCAGAGAUGCGAAUACGUUUUAUAUCACCUCAUCCAAAAGAUUUUCCAACGGAUUUAUUGAAACUAAUCGCAGAACGGCCAAACAUUUGUAACCAAAUACAUUUGCCAGUACAAUCAGGAAAUACAAAAAUAGAUAGUAUCAACUGUAUUUCCAUAUUAAUUUCAAUGUCUACAACAAAUGUUGAUAUUGAUAAACUUUUCAGAUAUUUAGAUUUAGUUAACACCAUCCGAGAUAUAAUACCUAAUGUCUCUAUUAGCACAGAUAUCAUAACUGGAUUUUGUGGUGAGACAGAAGAAGAACAUCAAGAUACUAUAAGCCUAAUGGAAAUUGUUAAAUUUGAUAUGGCAUAUAUGUUUGCAUAUAGUAUGCGUGAAAAAACACAUGCGCAUCGAAAUUAUCUCGAUGACGUGCCCGGAAAUGUCAAAACUCGUCGAUUAAACGAAGUAAUUCAAACUUUUCAUAAAAAUGCAAAAAUUAAAUUGAACACUUUAUUAGGUAAUCCGCAGUUAGUAUUAGUAGAAGGUAUUUCAAAUCGUCAUAAUGAAAGAUUCAGGGGACGUACAGAUGGAGGGCACAAAAUCUAUUUUGAUAACGUUCAAGUACUAAAGUGCAUAGACGAUCAAAUGUUGAAUAGAUCAGAUAAUUGUAAAGUGUUGGAUACAGAUAAUCAAAAAAUUGAUGUUAAGAUUGGAGAUUACGUUAUCGUCGUACCAACAUCAACAACGGGUGCUACUUUAUAUGGUAUACCUUUAGCCAAAAGUUCCAUAGCUCAUUUUA